UUAGGUAGCGAUCAGGCGUUAGCCACGCCCACGUGUGGUAGAAACCUCCAGCUAACUCCGCCCCCUCCAACCUGCCUGACCCGGAAGAGGAAUCCUCGGAGCAGUCAGCAGCGACCCCGGGGGGAUUUAAAUCGAGCAUUGGGAAGGCGCCGCAGGACAUAGAGCCAUCCGUCUGAGAAUAAAGACACUUAUGGAGCACUCAAAAGCCAAUCCUGGUCUGUCGGCUAAAGAAGGUUCGAACUGGACAGGGGUCCAACAAAAAAAUGCUUAUGCUAGACUGGUCCAGCAGCAUCACAGCGGACGCUUUAAAUUCUAUCUGAACUAUGUAGCGCAGAAGCUGCAGCUGGAAGAGGCUAGUCAAGUGGAUGCUGUCUGUGACAGAGAUUCUACUGUUGAAGGACUUCACGAAGGUUUUGGUAGAAAUGGCUUGCAGUCUACCACUCUCACCUCCUAUGAGAAAAGUAGUAUCUCAAGGUUUGAGAAUGGAUUUGCUGUGGGAGACCCCACUAGGAAAUUAGAGACGAAUCGUAUUGGCAAACAAGGAAAUGAAGAUGGAGAUUUUGACCCGAAGGAGAGAACGUCUUCUCAAAGUAGAUCUAAUUUACAUGGUGGAAAUCUUCAGUCUCCCAAAGGCCAUUGUGACUUGGAGAGUAGAAGGGAAUCCCAGGCUGAGAAGCAGAUGCCAAAGCCUCAGAUAUGUUCGAAGGGUGUCUCAAAGGAAAUAUUUUCUGAAGGUGGUGACAAGAGAGGAUUUUCCAGGAUAAGAAACAAGUCUGAGUGUGCCAGCUCACCCCCAAGUGUUGAUAGGAAGCGGCAACUCUCCGAGUCUCACAGUGAAAGCAUGAUGAACACGCAUACCUCAUUCAGCCCAUUACAGACUGGGACGGCAAGAGGGGCAUAUCGCAAUUCUGGAUCCACACCCAAUGAUAAAAAAUACAACAAGACAAGGAAAAGAAACAUUUUUGAAGCCUACUUGUCCAGGGAAGAAGUUUCUGCGGGGUUGAAGAGAGGAGAACUGAUUCAGGGCUCCCUCAGGAUUAAUCCCAAGAAAUUCCAUGAAGCGUUCCUGCCAUCGCCGGAUGGUCUGAGGGACAUCUUUAUUGAUGGUGUGGUUUCCAGGAAUAGAGCCCUGAAUGGUGAUAUUGUGGUUGUAAAACUGCUUCCGCGUGAGCAGUGGAAGGUUAUAAAGCAGGAGGUGUACGAUGGUGAAAGCGUAUCAACUCUGAAAGAGACGGUACAACAUGCUGCAGCUUCACAUCAUGUACGGGAUGGAUCAAAGAGCCCAGAUCUCAUUAUAGAGGCCCAGUUUGAGUGUGACUUAGAAGACUUAAGCAGAUUGUCUUGUAAUGCUGAAAAUGAAACCAAAGAAAAGCCAGAAAAAGUUAAAGUAGAUAAAGGGCAUUCUAAUCUAAUUCGCCAAAGCAACUCGACAGAUGAUGGACUUCAAAAGACUGCAAAGGUAGUUUACAUAUUGGAGAAAAAACAUUCGAGAGCUGCCACUGGCUUCAUUAAACCAAUGACUGACAAGAGUGGGGAUCUUGCUAAAAAGUAUGCCUUAUUUUCGCCUGUUGACCAUAGGCUUCCACGAAUAUAUGUCCCUCUUGCCGACUGCCCUGCUGAUUUCUUAAUCCGACCGCAAGAUUUUGCAAGCACACUUUUUAUCUGCCGUAUCACUGAUUGGAAAGCAGACAGCAAUUUUGCUGAGGGGAAGUUGAUGAAAAGCCUUGGCCAGGCUGGUGAUAUUGAACCAGAGACAGAAGGAAUAUUAACUGAAUAUGGAGUGGAUUUCUCAGAAUUCUCCAAUAAUGAGCUACAGUGUUUACCUAAGAAUCUACCAUGGACUAUCUCUCCAGAGGAGUUGGGAAAGAGAAGAGAUUUGAGGAAGGAGUGUAUCUUCACCAUUGAUCCUGCCACUGCUAGAGACCUGGAUGAUGCCUUAUCUUGUAAACUACUCCCAGAUGGAAACUUUGAAGUUGGAGUCCAUAUUGCAGAUGUGAGCUAUUUUGUUGAAGAAGGGAGCGCUCUCGAUUUAGUAGCAAGUGAGAGAGCCACAAGUGUUUAUCUCGUACAAAAGGUCAUUCCCAUGUUGCCUAGGCUGCUAUGUGAAGAACUUUGCAGCUUAAACCCAAUGGCAGACAGACUGACUUUUUCGGUCAUAUGGAAAAUCACUCCGCAAGGAAAAAUCCUUGAAGAGUGGUUUGGCCGAAGUGUUAUCUGUCCCUGUGUGAAGCUCAGCUAUGACCAUGCACAAAGUAUGAUUGAGAGUCCAGACAAACUGCUUGGUGUUGAGGAGCUGCCCCCUGUGUCCUCUGAUCAUACAGUUCAAGAGAUUCAGCAAGCUGUUCUCAACCUUCAUCUUAUUGCAAAAAAUUUACGUCGACAAAGAUUUGAUGAUGGCGCUUUAAGACUUGACCAGCUAAAACUAUCCUUUACCUUAGACAAAGAGAGUGGGAUGCCUCAAGGUUGCUACAUUUACCAGUACAAGGACAGCAACAAGCUGGUGGAAGAGUUCAUGUUACUGGCAAACAUGGCAGCUGCUCAUAAAAUUUACCGUCGAUUUCCAGAACUGGCACUGCUUCGUCGACACCCUCCACCACAGACAAAGUUGCUGAAUGACUUGGUCGAAUUCUGUGACCAAAUGGGAAUUAGUCUGGACUUUACCAAUUCAGGAACUUUGCAUAAAAGCUUGAAUGAUCAGUUUGGGGCAGAUGAGUAUUCUGCAGCACGCAAGGAAGUUCUAACAAACAUGUGCUCCAGGCCUAUGCAGAUGGCAGUGUAUUUCUGCACCGGAAUUCUCAAGAAUGAAACCCUAUUCCGCCAUUAUGCACUGAAUGUUCCACUAUAUACUCACUUCACUUCUCCUAUAAGACGCUAUGCUGACAUAAUAGUUCACAGGCUUCUUGCUGCUGCUAUAGGGUGUGGACCACCGCUGAAAUUGCAGCAAGAAGCAAUACAGAAGCAGGCAGACCAUUGUAAUGACCGCAAAACUGCAUCCAAGAGGGUGCAGGAACUCAGUGCAGAACUCUUUUUCUCUGUAUUUGUAAAGGAGUGCGGUCCAUUGGAGUCUGAAGCUAUGGUUAUGGGAGUCUUAAAUGAAGCAUUUGAUGUCUUGAUUCUGAGAUUUGGUGUUCAGAAGCGAAUUUAUUGUAAUGCUCUACCUCUCCAAAGCUCACAUUUCCAACAGGUGGGGAAGAAGCCUGAGUUGACACUUGUUUGGAGUCCAGAACAUGAUGAAGAUGAACCUGUUGAACAGGUCAUUAGCAUCUUCACACUAUUAGAGGUGGUUCUGAAGUCGGAUAGUGUGCCUUUGAAGUAUACUGCAGUACUCAAAAGUCCUAUGGCUGCAAACUCCGCUCUGUAACACCUCAGGACAUUGAAUGGCAAGGAGUGCUUUAUGUCCUAAACCAAUGCUUGUUUUAUUAUUAGUACAUAGUGUUGUGCUAAAUACUGGGCAUAAAGUGUACAAUGUUUUUAGGACUUUUGGUUUUAUUUUUUGCAUUUUAAUUGCCCAGUCACAUUUUUAAUUUUCAUUUCAUUGUGGGUUAGAGAGUGAACAGACAGUUUUUCUGGCAUCCGUUAAAGGCAUAGGUACAUCUUCACAAUCAUUUUUGGUUCUAGUGCAUCUAAAUGUAGAAUUACUUUUAUCAUCAGAUUUGCAUGUACAACUGAUAUGCAGGCCUAAUCUGAUCCUGUAGUCGUAUCCGUAUCAUCUCUACACUACAUUUUACUAACCUGUUAAGUAUGUGCUACCAUGAACUAUGGCAGUAUAUUUGAUCAGAUCUGACUACACAGGCUUUGCUUACAGUAUGUUAAAUAUGUUGCUACAAAGACAAAAAGCUCUGCAUAAAAUUGCCCCUCCCCUUUUUUUCCUUUUAAAUACAUAUUGGUACAAUAAAAAAAUGGUUCUAAAGGGACCUUUAACAUUUAUUUUAUUUUGAGAAUAAUGUGUUUCCCAUGUCAUAUUCAUGGAAGGCACAUGACAAAUAAUGUGACUUUGGAAGUCAUUAUUCAUAUUUUUAGAUUUUUUUUUAUGUAUAUUUUAUUUCUGGAUUGUCUCCAGAUUUUAAAAAAUGUUUACAUUAAAAGUUUUAUUUUGCACUAUAACUUUAAUGUGCUUUGUUGACAGUAUGUAAUAAAUGUGUGAAUAUAAAAAUCACUUGCCAGAGAUCAGAAGAUUAGAAAUAAACUGGAGUUUUGUGUCUUUAUUAAAUAUUAGUAACAGCCGCACCAUUGGACCUGACUACUUACAUGGAACUAGUCCCAUGGUGUUUGUGUCUUUUGCAUCCAUACAAUGUCAGGAGCGACUUGUUUCUAUGCUUUAUAGUCCAACAGUAAAGUGUAACUUGUAGACAUGUAUUUUCCUGAUAUCUGUAAUCCACAAUCCAAUAAAAUGAACUGCAGUAAU